GUUUUAUGAUAAGACCUGUGGAUAAGACAUUGACAAUAAUAUUAAAUACGUUUACAUAUUGCAUUUACGAUUUCAAAUCCUCUAAAACAACAAAAGCACAAUGGUAAUUUUAUUAAUUCGUCAUUAAAACCAUAAGUUUGUGGUCAAUUAGCUCAUAUCUAGAAAAAAAAAAUCAAAGUACCGUACCAUUAAUAUUAGUUGGAUGGUUAUAUAGCAGUGUGUCGUAACUUGGUUCGAAACGUGGAAUUUCUGUAACUAAUAAUAGCAGUAGGUGAUGGUUAGUUAAGCGAAGAGUAUAUUGUUUGUUGAAUAUUUUAAAUUGGAAAUAGAAGUUUAGUUUUGUUGUAAAGGAUUUAUUUUCUUGAAUUUGUUCAUCAUGGGUGUUCCGGAGCUUUCCAACUGUUGCGGCGUCAGCCUCAAACACGGUACCAUUAUAAUAGGGGUACUGAACAGCAUUGGCGCAUUCACUUGCAUGAUGAUGAGUGCCGCUUAUGCGGUACACCCACACGAAUUGAUCGAAAUGAAUGAUGAUUCUGUGGUACCAAAAUUGGAGAUUCUUAAAGGUAUCUUGAUCACCAUCGCUGUUGCCAGUGCUCUGCAGUGCAUUUUUUCGAUUUUGUUGAUUUUUGGUGCUGCAUCAAAUCACCCAUCAUUACUUACCCCAUGGCUGGUACUGAACCCUGUCGGCCUAUUUGUCUACGUGGUUGGUACCUUAAUUGCAAUUAUUCAUCAUACUGGAAACAAUAGUACUCCUUAUGUGGUUGGACAUGUGUUUUUCAGUGUUUGGGCCACUGUUAUGGUUGGUUUCCAGCUUUUGGUGAUCUACAGCUUCAGAACCCACUUGAAACGACUUAAUUUCUAAAAUGGAUAUUAUGUAUCUGCAUCUUACAAUAACCAUUGUUUUUAUUAGUAUUAUUGAUUGUAUUUGUUAGUUAUGUAAAUAUAAAUGUUUGAUUUUAUCUACUACUAGAUUUUAGAUGCUUUUAGUAAGCUUUAGAGGAUAAACAGGGAAUUUCUUAAUACCUACUUUUUCGACAAUAAAAUUAUUUUAAAGAUUA